AUGCGUUUCACUUUUGUCCUCGCCGUUGUUGCCGCUUUGACAGCAUCGAUAUCUGCCAGUGACGCUGUCAGUGAUGCUAUAGGACAUGCUCAGGAUGCGAAGGAGGAUUUUGCAGCUUCUUUAUAUGCUUCUAGUGUGGCAGCGAAGUUUUGGGCGAUCAGGUAUUGGGAAAUCGAGAUGGCAUCUACUUUGUUUGGAGAGGAGGCUGGAGGUCGAGAAGUCCUGUGGUUUCAGAGCCGGUUCUCUAUCUGGAUGUGCCGUAAACAAUUGUCGAGCGGCUGUACAGUGUCAUCGAGUGACCUCGACAACUUUGCAAGAGUAGGAUGUGCUGUGACCUACUUCGCAAAAUCCGAUGCAAGCUGGCGGUUCCAUAUGCGAAUACCGCAAAAUAUCGCACAAGUGGGAAUCCAUGAUGAAGGGACAGAAGGUGGGGCAUGA